UAUUAUAAGAGUGGUUUGAGUUGGGAACGGGAAGGUGAAGUGGAAGUGAGCCUCUUGUUGUGUUUUUCGCCGUGAAAUUUUGAAAACCAGAAGCAGAAAGAUCAGAUGACGGUGUUUCACUUCUUCAACUGCGCGAUUCUCACCUUCGGCCCUCACGCCGUCUACUACUCCGCCACACCACUAUCUGAGUAUGAUACACUCGGUACUUCUGUUAAAGCCGCAGUUGUUUAUCUCGCAACUGCGUUAGUAAAGCUUAUUUGUUUAGCUACUUUUCUCAAAGUAUCUGAGAGUGAUAGCUUUGAUCCAUAUCAGGAAAUUUUGAAGGCCUUAAUAGGUUUUAUUGAUGUUGCUGGGCUUUAUUUUGCCUUAACCCAGUUGACUCACAGAAAUAUCUCUCAAAAUCAUAAAUUUCAAGCAGUUGGACUAGGCUGGGCGUUUGCUGAUUCUGUACUGCAUAGGUUGGCUCCUCUUUGGGUGGGUGCCAGAGGAUUAGAAUUUACCUGGGAGUACAUUUUACAGGGUCUAGAGGCUAAUGCAAAUUUGGUUUUGAGCAUAUCCCUCGCCGCACUUGGAUCUUUGAUGUGGCUCCGAAAGAAUAAACCCAAGACCCUCAUUCCUAUUAUAUACUUGUGUGCUGUGAUUGUAGCUACCAUGCCAUCUAUCACAAGCUACUUGAGACGUGGAUUGGGGUGGCAGCUUCCCAAAGUUGUAGGUUUUGAGCUCUUCACAUCCCUGGUGAUGGCCUUCAUAAGUUGGCAACUAUUUUCUGCAUGUCAGAGACCUUCAGUAUGAGAAAGAUUGUUACCUAGUGAUUAAAUCCUACAUAACUAUUUUCUGACUAGAGUUGUGCUCCAAUGUAUACUUCUUUUGGCAGCAGCCAUGCAGUUUCCUUAAGUUUCAUUAUUUAUCAAUUGCAGUUUUUCAA